AUGUCCUCUCCAAAUCAUACCACAGUUACCGAAUUUAUUCUGCUAGGGCUCACCAAUGACCCAGUGCUGGAGAAGAUCUUCUUUGUGGUGUUUCUGGUGAUCUACUUAAUCACAUUGGCAGGGAAUCUAUGCAUGAUUGUGCUGAUCAGAACCAGUUCCUGCCUCCACACUCCCAUGUAUUUCUUCCUGGGACACCUCUCCUUUGUAGACAUUUGCUAUUCCUCCAACAUCACUCCAAAUAUGCUGUACAAUUUCCUCUCAGACAAAAAGACCAUCUCCUACGCUGGGUGUUUCUCACAGUGCCUUCUCUUCAUUGCUCUGGUGAUCACUGAGUUUUAUAUCCUGGCUUCAAUGGCACUGGAUCGCUAUGUGGCCAUUUGCAGCCCUCUCCAUUACAGUACCAGAAUGUCCAAGAACAUUUGCAGGUCUUUAGUCACAGUCCCUUAUGCUUCUGGCUUCUUCAAUGGCCUCUCUCAGACACUGUUGACUUUUCACUUAUCCUUCUGUGGUUCCCUUGAAAUCAAUCAUUUCUACUGUGCUGAUCCUCCACUUCUAAUGUUGGCCUGCUCUGACACCUCCAUCAAGAAGAUGGCAAUGUUUGUAGUUGCUGGUUUUACACUCUCAAGUUCUCUCUUCAUCAUCCUCCUGUCCUAUCUUUUCAUUUUUGCAACCAUCUUGAGGAUGCAUUCUGCUGAAGGCAGGCACAAAGCCUUCUCUACUUGUGGUUCCCAUCUGACAACUGUUACCAUAUUUUAUGGAACUCUCUUCUGCAUGUAUGUAAGGCCCCCAACUGAGAAGUCCAUAGAGGAGUCCAAAAUUAUUGCAGUCUUUUAUGCUUUUCUGAGCCCAAUGCUGAACCCAUUGAUCUACAGCCUAAGGAACAAGGAUGUGAUCCAUGCCUUGCAGAAAGUAGUCAAGGGAAAUCUCUUCCACAAAAUGGCAAUUUAA